AUGCUGCCAAACCGCAUCUCCGGACUGGGCAUCCGCGACACUGUUGGGAACGGCCGGAAGUACGGGUUCAUGUCGUCGAACUCGUCUGCAGGCUGGUCCGUUUGGUUCAACAGCAUCACAAACGAUAUCAACGAGUUCACUGUGUUCUGCACCCGUUCCAACACCUGGAUGUCCUCCAGGUUCACCCCCGCGCUGCGAAACACGCUGAAGUUGUUGGUAAUCAGUGUCUCGAGCGUCUUCUUGCGGAUCAGACUCGUGUGCUGGAACCCCUUGACAAUCGCCAACAGCUCGUCUUCCAGCGCAAACAAGUCGUCAAACUCCCGGCGCUGUGUCUCGCGCGACCGAUUGUGCGGCGACCGCGGCAAAACACGCACCGUGUCCUUGGUUGUUUGGUCCAAUUGCUUCAAGUUCGAGGUGAUGCUCGUGCAAACAGAAGCCGCCGAAACAGGGUCCUCUCGGUUGCUGCCCGACGAGUCGUCGUCCACGGCAUUCGACCCGGUACGGGUCUUUCGAAGCGCUCUGCGCGAUUUCGAUCGUCCAAACAUUGCCAACUAG